AUGCUGCGGCCCGGCGGGUGGCCGGGCGCGGCGCACGCCGGGGGGGCCGAUCCGGACCUGGGCGGCGGCCCCCUGUUGGAGGAGCAGGGCGUGCUUUCGAAGAGGAGCGCGGCGUUCGAAGGUGCCUUCCUGCUGUCAAGCGCGGCGGGGUGCGCUCCAGAGGCGCUGCCCCCGAUUCAGCCCUCCAACUCCGAGAACCUGACGUCCUGCAUGGCUGACCUCGUGCUUGCCCCCUGCGAUCUCCCUGCCGCCCAGCCCGCCCCCGACCACCGGGACGCGUCCCAGCCCAAGCUCGAGCUCAUCCACAUCCCGGACGGCGCCUGCGCGGCUCCCAUGCAGCCCUGCACCGACCCCCACCCCCCCACCUUCAUCGAUUUCGAGAUGGGCGCCGCGAACAUGUUCUACGCGGACCAGGACCCGCAUGCGGGGGUCCUCUUCGGCGAGGACGAGCUGAGGGAGCCCGACUUCGACGGCGCCGUGCCUUCCCUGCUGUCCGCGGACGCCUGGCCCGGCUCGGCCCGCUGCCACGACUUGGCGUCCUCUGCGCCCGAUCGGACGUCGCCGCUGCUCUUCUCCAAACCUUCGGAGCAGGCAUUCGGCGGCGCAGAGAGGGUAAUCGUUCCCCGGGAGCCCCUGGAGUGGGUCUCCUCGGAGAUCGGAGGUCGCGGGAUGGCAAUGUACGGCGGCAGUGUUGGCGUGACUUCUGGCGGGGGCCUGUUCCCGCUGGAGGGGCCGAACGUGGAGAAUGAUGAGGAGCCGGCGCCCAGUUCGUCGCUGGAAGAGGCGGCGUUCGCCUGGGUGCCCAGCGCGGGGCUGGACGCCGCCCGCAGGCUGCCAUCCGAGAGCACCUCGUCGAUCGUGGCUGUGGAGAGCGAGAUGCAGUUUUUGGACGACUGCGACGGGAUGAUGGAGGAGGGCGGGGAGGGGUUUGAGGGCGGAGCCAAGGCGGAGGAGGGAUUCAGCAAUGGGCCCAUUUCGCCGGGGAGGGCCAAUGGGAGGGGAUGCAGGAGGAGGGUGCACCCCGUGGGCAAGUUCGCCGGGGAGGAGGUGUGCUGGACGCCCGACGACACCGAGGGCAGCGACGGGGGAUGCGGACGGGAGCGGGCCAGGCGGAGCAGGGCGCCCGGGAGGGCGGGGGCGCGGCCCGGGCGGCCACGGCCGCGGGGCUUCGGGCGGAGGAACAGCUGGGCAAGCGGUGCGUCUGGUGCCUUGGAGGCCAUCAACAAGCGGAGGAAGCAGCACAACCCAUGGUCGCUGGAAGAAACCAAGACUCUUGUGAAAGGAGUGGAGAUCUGCGGCGGGGGGAAGUGGGCAGAUAUCAAACGCCUUGGCUUCCAGGAAAUUGGCAGCCGCAGUCCGGUUGAUCUGAAGGACAAAUGGCGAAAUUUGCUGCGCGUGGCGCUGCUCCCUUUGGAGCAGAUAAAAUUGAAGAAGGUGGACAACCGCCACAACCUUCCCAUGGAGCUCCUAAAUCGUGUCAAGGAGUUGGCCCAAGACAAAGACAAGUCCCCCAGAACAGCACAAAUGCAGUCAGGCAAGCUCUGA